GGGAGGGAGCUCAGGGAUCCUCGUAGGCUACUGAUCUUUCAGCUGUGACCACCAGCACUCCCCGGUCUGUCUCGGAAUAUUAUGCUUAUCCAUGCUUUGUGGAAACAGAUUUUAAUGGUCAUGAUGUGAUCUCACCCCAGAUAACCUCUAUGGAGUCCCUACCCGUGCCUCUCUCAGCAGAGUGCGAACACAAUGGCACAUGGCCCAAGGCCUUGUCUGAGACAGACUGCGCCGCUGCUACCCAGGCCAACCUCUCCACAAAGGGGCUUGGGGACAGCGAGCCCCAGCUACGCACGGUGUUGCUGGGCACCCUGCUGGGCGGCCUGUCUCUGCUGACCGUCUUCAUGAACCUGCUGGUGCUGUACGCGGUGCGGCGGGACCGGAUGCUGCACACCGUGGGGAACCUGUACAUCGUCAGCCUCUCCGUGGCUGACCUCAUCGUGGGUGCCACGGUGAUGCCCCUGAACCUGGCCUACUUGCUGGCCGACGAGUGGAGGCUGGGCCGGGCCGCCUGCCAGUUCUGGCUCGUCAUGGAUUAUGUGGCUAGCACCGCCUCCAUCUUCAGCCUCUUCAUCCUGUGUGUGGACCGGUACCGCUCGGUGGAGCACCCCUUGCGCUACCUGAAGUACCGCACCCGGGGCCGGGCGGCGAUCACGAUCUCCGGUGCCUGGCUCGUCUCGCUCCUGUGGGUCGUGCCCAUCCUAGGUUGGAGGUCGUUCGCUCAGGUGGAUCAGAAACCUGAGGCGGAGAGGCAGUGCGACACAGACUUCCGCUUCGUGACAUGGUUCAAGGUCCUGACGGCCACGUUGAAUUUUUACGUGCCGUCCGUCCUGAUGCUGUGGUUCUAUACAAAAGUGUUUCUGGCGGUGCGAGAACACUAUCGUCAGUGGGAGAGAAUUUUCAGCCCACUGGAAUCUUCCUCUCAGGAAGAUUCUGGAGUCUUACACAAAGGAGCCAGUAGAGCUCCUCACAGAGGCUUGUCUGCUUGUAAGCAUGCUGACAGGUUCCUGGAUCAGUACAGCCUAGAGCAGCAGCUUGAAUGCAGAGAACAAAGUGUGAUACCAAACAGAGAAGUGCAGACAGUGCAGAAUAAGACGAAGGAGAGGACCCUCUCUGAAAAACGUUCCCUCUUUCGAAUAUCUCCUAAAAUCAACCAAUGUGCCGAGAACAGUUUUGGCUCAGUGCACGAAGGUGACUUUGUGAGUGACAGCCCUUCUAAGGUGUCAGCGCGGCCAACAGAUUUUUUGCUGUCAGGUCCAGAGGACGAUGCAAACGACUCCAGGAUGUCCGUUAACAGUUGCAAAGUCACGGUAGCCAACUCGGUGGCCGAUGCUGAUGAGCCAACAACAUCCAGCCCUGAACUCUAUCAAUUAGGUCCGUCAGGAACGAGCAGUAACAACAACCACUCCCGACAACAAUCGAGCCAAAGCCCGAAGACGUCGCCGUCCAAGCCAGCGGCCGUCCUCAGACACAGCUGGCAGAAGUUCUGCGAUCAGUCCCGGCAGCAGGUGCAGAACGUGCGCAUCCACAAGGAGCGCAAGGCAGCCCAGCAGCUGGGCCUGAUCAUCACUGGCUUCAUGGUGUGCUGGAUCCCCUACUUCAUCACCUUCAUGGUCAUGGCCCUCUGCACCACCUGCGUGCCUCACGACCUGCACAUGUUCACCAUCUGGCUGGGCUACCUCAACUCCACGCUCAACCCGUUCCUCUACCCCAUGUGUAACGAGAACUUCAAAAGGGUCUUCAAGAAGAUACUUCAUAUUCCCUCUCGGCAGGGCUGUUAAGAGGAACAUUCCAACACCUGUACCUGCAAUGACAUGGUCAAAUGAAUGUUAUUUUACACAAAUGUGUUAUGUUUUAUACAAAAUCUCUAAAGGAAUGUCGACAGGGAUGGGCAAAAUGUAUUCAUUAGGUACAAUCCAGUGCCACAUAUUGCAAAUGACCUUGUUUUACCUGAUCAAUUCAACCAGGUGAUCAAUCAACCAGCAAU